AUGGAUAACAAGCUUGUGGUGGUGGUAAAAUGCUACUCCAAGUACGGGGAUGAUGUUUUCGUGACAAACGGGUUUGACUCGAAGACGGAACAACCAAAAUUGGACAAGUGGGUACAUUACCCCCUAGACCAUAUGAUCACAUUUAGUAUCGAGGUCAAUUUAAAGCAGAAUACUUUACUCUUGCAAACUGUGAGCGAUAAGGCUGGAAUUCUGGAUUAUGUGCGUUUAAAUCUAACAGAGGCCACACAGUUGAUUCAAUUUUCUAUGAAGUACCCCUCCCUAUCUUGUAAGUAUCUGACCACUGUUGCGACUGGGUCCCGCAUGCGCGCCGUCAAGAGAUUCCAAAUGGUGUUUCGAGAUCAGAGAGACUAUACGGUCACGGAAAAAGUUUUAGGAUGCCUGAAGUUCAAGAUAAAGAAUGCUAAGUUUUCGAAGGCAGCCCAGACCCAGAAGGAUCGCUUAAAUACCUCACAUGACACUGCAAAGGAGUUGAGUGAUACGCAACCAAACUUGUAUUUGCCCUUUUUGGAGAGUCAAAUAAUGCCCACCGUGCCUCCCGCAAUGGUUCCGUACUCGGUGCCUGAGGUUGUUCCUCAACAAAAGAGCUUUGUACCCGCUCCCCUCAACGCGUCAGAUAUGAUGCAAAAAGUACGUCCAGUUCCCAUUGCGCCUUCUUCCUUAAGCACACAACGGCAACUGGCUGUCCCCAAGUUCCCUAUACAAGAGAGGACGAUGGAGGCAGCACCUCCGAUUAAUCUAGCAGGAAACAAACUUCGCCUGCCAAUCAACCCAUUGCCACAGCCACACCAUAACGUUUCACUCGAGCUACAGAAACCGCAAACGGCUCAAUCAACAGUUCCUGGCCAGCAUAAAAUGGACAAAAAUGUGACUGCACCAGUACUAUCAAGCGCUGAAAUCCCCAUUGAGAAGUCUUCGGAGUCAGGUGGGAAGGAGCCACCGCCGGUGACGACGGAGAUUCAGCCCCGUACUGAAAAGUCUGGGGAAGAGGGCAAAAUACGAAUUUCCAAAAAAUUGAUUCGAUCCAAAUUGCAGGAUAAGAAAUUCCAAAGAUGGGUAUGUUAA